CUUCUACAGAUGUCGCGUAAGUAAAACUUCCUUUUCCUUCCAUGUUGAACGUUUAAAAUCGUGAAAUAUGGGGGCCUAUAAGUAUAUGCAGGAAAUUUAUCGGAAGAAACAAAGCGAUGUGCUUAGGUUUUUGUUGAGAAUCCGUGUUUGGCAAUAUCGUCAACUAACAAAGUUGCAUCGUGCUCCAAGACCAUCACGUCCCGAUAAGGCUCGUCGAUUGGGAUACAGAACUAAACAAGGAUACCUUAUUUAUCGUAUCCGAGUUCGACGAGGAGGUCGUAAACGUCCAGUACCAAAGGGAGCAACUUAUGGUAAACCUAAAACUCAUGGUGUAAAUGAAUUGAAGCCUAAACGAAAACUGCAAUCUGUUGCUGAGGAACGUGUUGGACGUAGAUGCGGAGGUUUACGUGUAUUAGGAUCAUACUGGGUUGGUCAAGACUCUUCACAUAAAUAUUUUGAAGUUAUUCUUGUUAACCCCGCACAUAAUACCAUUCGACGUGAUCCCAAGAUCAAUUGGAUAGUCGAUCCAGUACACAAGCAUCGUGAAUUGCGUGGCAAAACUUCAUCGGGCAAAUCAUCUCGUGGAUUAGGAAAAGGUCACAGAUAUUCUCAAACGAUUGGCGGUUCACGCAGGGCUGCAUGGCGUAGGAGAAAUUCCCUUCAAUUGCGAAGAAAGCGUUAAUUUUUUAAUAUACAUUUUACAUGUAUUAAACAAUCAGAUAAACUUAAAUUUUAUUUUA